CUACUCUAUCGCAGCGAAGAAGAGCUUUCGGCGCCUGCCGUGGGUGAACUCGAGACCAAGUUGGCCGAACCUCGUGCUGUGAGCAGCCCUGUGGCAACCAUAUCUGCCGAGAACCCACAACCUUUGAUCAAGCCACCGACGAGCGAUGUGGCCAGCGACGCCGAUACCGCGCCCGUUGCCGUCACACCCACAACGUUGAUCGCAUCGACAGUGUCUCCG